CGUGAAUCUCCGGCAACCUCAAAGGUUACAGCGUUGGCAUACAUAUAACACCCACUUGCCUUCCUUCUCACCAUUACUCUUCUUCACCUCAAAUCUGUGACAAUGCCCGCUGAACUUUCUCCUUGCUGCGUCUCCGGCCAUCUCCAUGAGGGCACUCCCACCGGUGUCAUCGAGAAGAUCACCGGUUUCGACGUCUACAUCACCAAGCCAGACAGCGGGAGCAAGGCAAAGACGAUCCUGUUCAUCACCGACGUCUUCGGUUGGAACACCCCGAACGCAAGGCUGCUCGCAGAUGAGUAUGCUAAGGCGGGAUUCUAUGUCUAUGUCCCGGAUUUCUUCAGGGGCGACAACAUCCCGCACGACAUGCUCCAAACUAUUGCUCCCCGCGAGCCUCAUAACCGUAGCGCUGCCCAGGUCGCCUCUGACAACACCCAAACGACGGCGACAUUCGGCCCAUGGGUCACGAAGCAUAACGAGGCGGAGAUCAAGCCUCUGAUCGACGAAUUCCUCAAGUAUUUGCGCGCAGACCCUCUGACCGGCAAGAUCGGUGCUGUUGGGUUCUGCUGGGGCGGCAAGUACUCGCUUUUGUUGGCUGGUGAGGGCUCCGUUGACGCUGCCGUCGCUAAUCAUCCAUCUUUGACCACUCAAGAAGACUACGUGAGCAUCAACAAACCGACUCAGAUCAACGUCGGCACCAACGACAUCUUCCUUACCAACGAAAGCGUUGAGCAAGCGAAGAAAGGGAUGCUCGAACAGAAGGCAGAUAUUCCCUUUGAAAUCAAUGUAUACCAGGAUGCGGUUCAUGGUUUCACCGUCCGUGGUGAUAUCUCUAACCUCAAGGAGAAGGAAAAUAAGGAGGCGUCUGCGAACGCGACCAUCAGGUGGUUUGGCAAGUACCUUGCCUGAUUGGAGUUGUGACAGUAGAAUUUGCAUAUGUGAAUGUAGCAAAUAAAGAAUAUC